AUGAAGGUUUCUGAAGACCGAGUGUCGUCCCCCAAAGACAACAGCGCCACCACCAGGCCAGACCCGGCCACUGACGGCCAGAGCACGAGCCCCGAGGAGCCCAACAACAAGAAGGAGACGCAGCCUGUGAAGCACGUAAAGUCCAACGGCCGGUUAAAGCUGGUCCGGGGCCUGGCUGUGUGUGAGGACCCUGCAGCUGCUCCUCAGAACCUGCAGGUUUCAGCCAAUCAGCAUCAGCCAAUCAGCAUCAACCAAUCUGCAUCAGCCAAUCAGCAUCAGCCAAUCAGCAUCAACCAAUCUGCAUCAGCCAAUCUGCAUCAACCAAUCUGCAUCAGCCAAUCUGCAUCAGCCAAUCUGCAUCAGCCAAUCUGCAUCAACCAAUCAGCAUCAGCCAAUCAGCAUCAGCCAAUCAGGGUAGAGCUCUCUCACUAA